AUGGCCACGGAAGGCGACACACAAAAUGUUCCAGUGCUAGUUAGCUUGAUCAGUACUGUUAUCAUUAACGGAAUCUCUUGUCCCUUGACAGUUUUGCUCAAUGUGCUGGUGAUAUUGGCCGUCAAGAGAAGACCAAGACUCCAGACUAACACCAAUAUCUUGCUGGGCUGUUUAGCGGCGACUGACGCGGUGUUAACAGGUCAUCUGGUCCAGCCAUCGUUCAUUUUGUGGAAAACGCUCCAGUUACUUGGGAAGACGAGCCAGGAAACCACGGACGCAACCCGUUUUCACAAUUCAUGUCUACGCACCGCCUUCGCGUUUUCCUCGCUUCAUCUGAUGCUGGUUACGGGCGAGAGGCUAAUAGCUAUCAAGUUCUUCACGCGUUAUCCUUAUGUUGUUACGAAGCAGAACAUAAAGCAUGCUGUAACCGUGCUUUGGAUCUUAGCUGCCAUUUGGGGGACAACUGAGAUGUUGGCACAAGUCUACAGUAAAGGAACUAUAUUUUAUAUGAACUUUCCAUUAGCUAUCAUUCUGAUUUCAUGUGUCCUUUUUAUGACAUGUUCUUAUGUGAUUUUGUAUCGUGAAACGCUUCGCCAGCGUAAGAAAAUCAAAACCCAACAGCUGCCGCAAGAAGAGGUGGAAAGAUUCGCUAAAGAGAGCAAAGCGCUCAAGACUACUGUGUAUAUAGUCGGCGCGGUCGUGUUUUGCCUUCUCCCAAUGGCGUUUUAUCCUUUAUGGAUAGUUUCGCUUCCGCCAGGUGUAAACCCCACGAAAUUAAAAUUAUUUUAUGCCUACACUCCGUGGAUUCGUACCUUUGGCAUACUCAAUUCGCUUCUUAACCCACUGAUCUACUGCUGGCGACAGAAGGAAAUGAGAAAGUUUGUAUUUAGGUUUCAAGCCCGCCAAGUCGUACUUCCUAUAAACUUAAGUUAA